UAUCAAAUAACAACAAAAAAAAGCUUGCGAACAUUGUCCUAAAUGAAAAAGAUUUGUAAUCUUUGAAGGAUUCAAUCAAAACAACCAGAACGUAUACGUUUUGACACGAAUGCACUUUCGCAAUGAAAAUGCAAUGCUUUCUACUGGAUUGUUUAUGAUAAAAUGAAACACCUUACAGCAAAGGAAAUUCGAGAUGCUUUUCUUGGCUUCUUUAAAGAGAAAGACCAUGUUUAUGUUCAUUCGUCCAGCACCAUACCAUUGGAUGACCCUACUUUGUUGUUUGCUAAUGCGGGAAUGAAUCAAUUUAAGCCCAUCUUUUUGGGCACGGCUGAUCCCAAUAGCGAAAUGGCGAAAUGGGUCCGGGUGACAAAUACCCAAAAAUGUAUACGUGCCGGUGGUAAACACAAUGACCUAGAUGAUGUAGGCAAAGAUGUAUAUCAUCACACCUUUUUCGAAAUGCUUGGAAAUUGGUCCUUUGGUGACUAUUUCAAAAAGGAAAUCUGUAGUUGGGCUUGGGAGUUUCUAACAGAGCGUAUGAAAUUGCCAAAAGACCGUUUAUAUGUGACUUACUUUGGAGGCGAUAAAGCCUCUGGGUUAGAACCUGACCUUGAGUGCAAACAAAUUUGGUUAGAUCUUGGACUACGCCCAGAGCACAUCUUACCUGGUAGCAUGAAAGACAAUUUUUGGGAAAUGGGAGAAACGGGCCCAUGUGGUCCCUGCUCUGAAUUGCAUUUCGAUCGUAUCGGAGGUCGCAGUGUUCCAGAACUGGUAAAUGUGGAUGAUCCAGACGUCUUAGAAAUCUGGAAUUUGGUGUUUAUACAAUAUAAUCGGGAACCAGACGGAAGCCUUAAACCAUUGCCUAAGAAGCAUAUUGAUUGUGGUUUAGGGUUCGAGAGACUUGUGUCAGUAAUCCAGAACAAAAGAUCCAACUACGAUACCGAUCUUUUCGUGCCACUUUUCAAAGCCAUUCAGGAGGGUACAGGUGCAUCUGAAUAUGCAGGACGUGUAGGAGCUGAUGAUGCUGAUGGCAUUGAUAUGGCAUACAGGGUUUUAGCGGAUCAUGCUCGAACGAUAACCAUUGCUUUAGCUGAUGGAGGCACACCUGAUAGCACCGGACGAGGAUAUGUACUGAGAAGAAUUCUUCGGCGGGCCGUUAGAUAUGCCACUGAAAAGUUAAUCGCUAAACCAGGUUUCUUUGCAUCCCUAGUUCACACUGUCGUGGAUUUGCUAGGUGAUGCAUUCCCUGAGGUCAAAAAGAGUCCUCAGCAAAUAAUUGAAAUAAUAAACGAGGAGGAAGCGCAGUUCCUAAAGACAUUAUCACGCGGACGAGAUCUUUUCAAUCGCACAGUUGCCAAAUUGGGCAACAGGAAUAUAAUUCCUGGGGACUUGGCCUGGAAACUGUAUGACACAUAUGGAUUCCCAGUUGAUCUUACCCAACUUAUGGCUGAGGAGAAGAACUUAAAAAUAAAUAUGGAAGAAUAUGAGCAAGCAAAGCAGGCUGCCUACAUAAUGUCUCAGGGCAAGAGCGCAACGAAAGCGGAGGAAAUUCACUUGGAUGUUCACGCCAUAUCAGAGUUACAAUCCAGAUCUAUACCUAUUACGAAUGAUUCGCCCAAAUACAAAUAUCAGGCCGAAUCUGACAAAUUCGAUUCGCCUUAUAUUUUUAGUUCAUGCAAAGCGAAGAUAUUUGCUCUGCGAUUUGGGAACCAGUUUGUCAAUAAAAUAGAAGCUGGCAGUAAGGCAGGCAUAAUUUUAGACCAAACAAAUUUCUAUGCAGAAAGUGGUGGUCAAAUUUAUGACAAAGGUUCUUUCAACAAAUCCAAUAGCGGUGUUGACAAGUUUUUUGUUGAAGCUGUUUUUAAUCGUGGUGGUUAUAUUUUGCAUAUUGGCGUUGCAGAUGGAGAAUUCGCUGUAGGCGACGAAAUUGAACUUAAAAUUAACAUUGAACGCCGUUGGCUAACCAUGAAAAACCAUUCCGCCACCCAUGCCCUAAAUCACAGUCUGCUUCAAGUACUUGGCAAAGAGACUGACCAAAAAGGAUCUUUGGUAGUGCCAGAUAAAUUACGUUUUGAUUUCAGUAGCAAGUCCGCUAUGUCAAUUGAACAAAUAGCUAAAGCAGAACAAUUAACACGAGAUAUUGUUUAUCAAAAUAUGCCGAUUUUCGCAAAAGAAACCAAAUUGGCAAAAGCAAAGAAGAUACGUGGACUUCGCUCAGUUUUUGAUGAGGUUUACCCAGAUCCGGUACGUGUUAUUUCGUUUGGUGUGCCAGUAGAAGAGCUUGAAAAUAAUCCCGACAGCGGUGCUGGAGAGAAAACUUCAGUCGAAUUUUGUGGUGGCACACAUUUGCAACGCUCGGGCCAUAUGAUGGAAUUUGUAAUUACUAGUGAAGAAGCAAUUGCGAAAGGCAUACGGCGUAUUGUGGCUCUAACUGGUCCCGAUGCUGUAAAAGCUUUAGAAAAGAACAAUGAACUUCACCAGAAAAUACAAGCAUUAAAAUCCACAAUUGAAGCUGAUGAGGAUGGCAAAAACUCCAAAAGCUAUGUGAAACAAAUAGUGGAAUUCACAGAGGAGGUGUCGCAAGCCAUAAUUCCGUAUAUAAAAAAAGACCAAAUGCGUAAUCUACUUAAGCAAUUGAAGAAGACACUCGACGACAAGGAGCGCACAAUGAAAGCAGCAGUUUCGGUAACCGUGAUCGAAAAGACAAAAGAGAUUUGCGAAGCGAACCCACAGGCUACAUUGUUGGUGAAACAGUUUGAGGCAUUUAACAAUACUAAGGCUCUUGAUGGUGCGCUGAAGCAAGUACGCUCUUUGUGCCCUGAUGCCGCUGCGUUAUUCCUAUCCGUUGACGAGGAUUCAAAGAAGGUAUUUUGUUUGGCUUCAGUUCCAAAGUCCGCUGUAGACAAAGGCCUUAAAGCUAACGAAUGGGUCCAACAAUUAUCCGAAAUUAUUGGUGGAAAAGGAGGUGGUAAAGCAGAAUCUGCCCAAGCCUCUGGCUCGAGAUAUGAAAAUGUGGAUGAAGUCAUAAGAACAGCUACAGAAUUCGCAAAAAACAAAAUCGGCUCUUAAUAAGUGAAUUCGCUAAAAGCAAGUGCAAAUUUUAUUAACAAUUCAUAUUUAUUUUACUUUAAAAAAUGUUUUUUUUGCUAUUUUCCAUUAUGAAAAAAUACAGACCUGCUAAUUAGAUUAAAUCAUUUUUCGCAUUGAAUAAAAACACGUAUGCUUUUAUAAAAAAUAGUUUUUAACGUA